AUGGAAGCUAGGAACAAGAAGAUGAAAAAGCUGAUCACCGUUACUGCAUGUCCGUGUAAACAAAUGGAGGAAUUGUCCAUAACGGAGAACAGCUUGAGAAAGUACUGUUGUGAUUCGAUCAAAGAGCAAAAGCUUAUCGAUCUACUGCAAAAGCUCUUAUGGCAAAAACAAGAGGUUAAAUGUUUGAAAGAGAAUUCCUUAUGGAACAAAAGCUUUGACAUGGUUGCUUCCAUGCUGGUCAGAUCGGUUUUCACUAUUCUGCAAAGGGUCAAGCUUGUUUUUGGCCUCGGGCUCCGCCAUGGCUAUUUUUCAUCGUCUUUGCCUCGAAGCCUUUCGGCUUCUGCAACUGUUUACCCCACUGUAAACCCGAACACUUACAACUUCGUAUCAGGACCCCUGAAGGGUGGUCGCAAAAUUAUUUUUUUCAAGUCAAAUUCGAAGUUCCUAAAGCCUCCUCCGAGUACAUUAGGCACAUCGGCAUUAUCGUUACAUUAUGCAAAUCUAAUAAUCGUGUUAGAGAGAAUGAUAAAGUCACCCAAGUUGGUUGGCAUCGAAGCAAUAGAUAAUCUUUAUUCGAUGCUUCCGAGCAGUAUCCGGUCAUCGUUGAGGGCGAGGCUGAAAGGAGUUGGGUUCACGGCGAAUGAUCCGGUGCUUGCAGGUGAAUAG